AUGAUUGCUUCUCGAAAAUUGCGAUCGUUCAUUUCGUCCCUCCUAACUAACACAUCAACCUCUAUUUCUGAUUGGAUCAAAACUCUCUACGGCAUAUGUCAAUGGAUUUGGAACUUUUUAAAUAAUAUACAAUUCAAUCAUGAUGAUUUAUUUUCUAAAACUUUAAAAAUACGGAAAACACUAAAAACCAAACAAUCCAGCACACAAGAUGAACACAUUAAUUGUCAAAAUUGCACAUUAGAUUUUGCAUUAGAUCCUCGUUGGAUUCCGUUACAAUCUUCCGAUUCAAUGAAUCAAAAAUUUAAAUUUAACUUUGAUAAACAGGCUCUUUCGGAAAUUAAUCAAACCUUUCAUAAUACCAACGAAAAACUAAGCUCCAUAUCCAUUCAAGAAUUAAUUACAAAUUUACAACAUUUAAAUAAGAAAAUUAAUUUUUCAACUAAUAUUUCAGCACACUGGUUAGCCUCAAGCAAUUUAUCUGGUAAUCAAAAACAAAGAAAAUUAAGACAAAUCAAACAUGAUCUCUACAUGGCAAAACGAAGAAACAAGUUUAGAUCUAAAAUUUAUGAACAAAAAUAUUUAAUUUUGAAUGGCAAAAAGCCUCCUGGAAGAAAUGAAGAUAUGAGCCAAGUAUCAAGCAAAGAUGAGGACAUCAUGUUACAUGUAUACAAGAAACAAUUGGAAAGGGAAAGAAAUCAAAAGAAGGAAUUUCAUAUCAUUCAAGAUUUUGAUUUUAUUCAACAGAUGUAUCGAGAAGCUUUACAAGAUGCCAUAGAAAUUGAAUACGAACAAUCUUUAUUUACACAAAAGUCAAUGGAAGAAAUUGAAAAAGAAAAUGAAACACUCCAAUCUCUUGUUCAUUCCUAUUUCUAUGGUGUGAAACAUCGAGAUGAUUUAAUGAGAAAUGUAAAUAAGGAACUAUUUAUGGAUUAUCAAGAUGAUCCUUUUUUGUUGGCAUUUCCAAAUACAACAAUGAGAAAGGAAUCAAAGCUGGUGUCUCCUCCAUCGAGCGUCAGUAAUGUCAAAGAUAUCAAGAAAAGUAAAACCAUUGAAACGAACUCCUCUUCGAAAUUAGAAGAAAAUAUUUCAACUCCAGAAUUAAUUGCUUUAGAAACAACUGCUUUUGUUUUACCCAAGUUAGGAUGUCUCUCCAUGAGAAAUGAACUCGAAAGGCAUCACAGAAGAGUGGCUUUGUUAAGGAGUGAUGAAGAGGUAGCGAGCUCGUCAGAGAUUGAACAUCAGAGAAUUGCCUCAGUAUUAGCUCAGCUCAUUCACAACAACAAUAAACGACGAUGA